UUGAAGGGGAAGGAUUCGAAAUCCGGAAGAUUUAAAUCAUUGAAGGAGAGGUCGCUACGGACCAGUAGUGCCCCGUGUGGUUUGGACUCCGGCAAAUGCAGUCUGGGCGGGACACGCCAGGAGGGUGGCUCAGAAAGGACGUGGGGUCAUUUCUUCCGACCUGCGGGGUCCGCAGCGGGUGAGGGCUCCCCGAGAGCCGGGCGUCUGAGCUGCCUUCCGAUCCCUCCCUCCGUGUAACACCCGAAAGAGGGGCGAUCUCUCACCUACUAGAGAGUUUGCUUUCUUACUUACCCAAACUCUCAAGAGGAAGUCCUCUGCUGAACUCAGACAUUAAAAUCCUAACCACCAGAGCUAAUUUGGAUCAUAAACCACCAAAUGAAUGGGAGCAUCUGUGGUCUUGGCAAGUACAGAAACAUAUAGCUUACUUAUGAGGAUAAUUCACUAAAACAUCUAAACAAGCUAUGAAGAAAAACUCCAAGAGGAACCACAGUUCAAGGGUUUCUGACCUAAAAUUGAACUCUCCAGAUGCUGAGAAGGAAAAACAAGAGCGUCAAAAUAACUUUGUUGAACUGCUGCCUCCAGAAGUUACUUUUAAAAUUUUCAGUCAGCUGGACAUCUGGAGUUUGUGCAGGGCUUCACUGACGUGCAGGAGCUGGAAUCACACAAUAAGACACAGCGAUGCCUUGUGGAAACCUCAUUGCCUGACUGUGAGAGCUGUAUGCCAAAGAGAGAUAGAUGAUGAUCUAGAGAGUGGUUACCCCUGGAGGGUAAUACUACUGAGGAAUUACCAGAAGAGUAAAGUGAAACAUGAAUGGCUAAGUGGCAGAUAUAGCAACAUAUGUUCUCCUAUCAGCCUACCAGAAAAAAUCAUGUACCCAAUGGAUGCAGACACGUGGGGGGAAAUUCUAGAAGCAGAACUGGAAAGAUAAGCAGAAAAAUCACACACAGAUCUCCUAACUUUGAGAGUUUAAAACUAAAAUGACUCUUAGUUUAUAAAAGGUAUACCUUUAGCCGUCCAUUUUUUUGU